AUGUUUCAAGACGUCGUCGUGUUUCUGAAAACGACCACAAAUGUGCACGUGUUUGGGAGCUUUUCGACGUUUUGUUAUGGGCUUGGAGUGGCUUUGUUUUCGUUUGAAGGGAUUGGAAUGGCGUUGCCGCUUGAAGCGGAAGCUAGGGAUAAGAAAAGGUUCGGUUUUGUUUUGGGUUGGGCUAUGUUUUCCAUGGCAACUGUGUAUGGGGUUUUUGGAGUGUUGGGUUACUUUGCUUUCGGUGAAAACACGCGAGAUAUUGUCACUGCGAACAUGGGGAAAGGCGUGUUAAGUUUGUUAGUGAAGUAA